AUGGCUCGACGAUCUCAGAGCUCCUCCCAGGGGGACAAUCCCCUAGCCCCGGACUACCUGCCUCCCCACUACAAGGAAUACUACCGGCUGGCCCUAGAUGCACUUGCUGAGGGGGGAGCUGAGGCCUACCGACGCUUUCUGGCUGAGGAGGGAGCCCCUGACUUCCUGUGUCCUGAGGAGUUGGCUCAUGUGAGCCACCAUUUGCAGCAGCCACAGCAUGCCUCCCGGGAGAAUGCCACUGCCCGGGGAAGUGCCUCUGGAUCCCUUCCCCAAGCAGAUGGUGAUGUGGACAUGGAUGGCUCUUCUGGUACCUACUGGCCUGUGAAUUCAGACCUGGCGGUGCCUGAACUUGACCUGGGAUGGCCUAUGACCUUUGGCUUUCAGGGUACUGAAGUGACCACUUUGGUGCAACCACCACCACCUGACAACCCCAGUAUCAAGGAUGAGGCCCGGAGGAUGAUCAGAUCAGCCCAACAGGUGGUGGCUAUUGUGAUGGACAUGUUCACAGAUGUAGACCUGUUGAGUGAGGUCUUAGAGGCAGCUGCCCGACGUGUCCCUGUCUAUAUCCUUCUGGAUGAGAUGAAUGCCCAACAUUUUCUGGACAUGGCUGAAAAGUGCCGGGUCAAUCUGCAUCAUGUGGAUUUCCUCCGAGUACGCACAGUCUCAGGCCCUACCUAUUACUGCCGCACAGGAAAGUACUUCAAGGGCCAUGUGAAGGAGAAGUUCCUGUUAGUGGAUUGUGCAGUGGUGCUAAGUGGGAGCUACAGCUUCAUGUGGUCCUUCGAGAAGAUUCAUCGGAGCAUCGCUCAUGUGUUCCAGGGAGAGCUGGUAUCCAGCUUUGAUGAGGAAUUCCGCAUCCUCUUUGCUCAAUCUGAGCCAUUGAUCCCUGCAGCUGGGGCCCUGGCCCUGGCCUUGACCCAUGCAGACACUUAUGCCUUGACUCCAUAUGGGGGCCCAGGUCCACUAAUGGGGGGCCCACUAGGGGGACCAGGGUCCUUCUUCCCCAAGCGUGCCCACUUGCUGUUCCCACCACGUGAUGAGGGCCUGGGCUUCCCCUCCUUUUUGGACCCUGACCGUCACUUCCUGUCAGCUUUCCGCAGGGAUGACCUGCUUCGUCACUCAGGGGGUGCAGGAGACAUUCAUGGGCUAAGGAUGCUCUCACGUCGUCUGGAGAUGGAGGCUGGCAAUAGUGGGGACCCUGGCUCCCGUGGUUUUCUCCGAGCCAAGCACCUGGAGAUGGAUGCCUUCAAGCGGCAUAACUUUGCUGAUGGAGCUGUGGAGAACUUUGCCGCAUCCCGCCAGGUGUCCCGUCAGAUGUUUGUUAGCCAUGGUGAUGACUUCCGAUUCCAGACCAGCCACUUUCACCGUGACCAGCUCUACCAGCAACACUACCAGUUUGAACCCCAGUUCACAGCUACCCGGCCUCAGGGUUUGUUUGAGAAGCUACGGGCUGGACGUCCAGGUUUUGGGGAUCCUGAAGAUUUUGGGAUAGAUGGGAGCCCCCGUUUCCCAGAGUUAGAGCAGGGCUUUGGCCCUCACCCCGAGGGCCCUGGUGGACACCUGAGGCUGGACUAUGUGCCAUCCAGUGCAUCAAGGGAAGUCCGACAUGGAUCUGACCCUGAACCCCAUGGACUAGAACCCGGUGCCCCACAGCGCCCUAACAUUGGGCAAAGGUUCCUUUGCCAGUCAUCACCUACGCAGAAGCAGAGUUUGGAGCAACGGUGGUUUCCACCAGAGGCUGAACCAGAAAUGGAACCCAGCCGGAAGGGUGGUGCUGAGGGCCGGGCAGGACUACGCAAUUGGCGUAUUUCAUCUUACCUCAGUGGCUGCCACUCUGAUGGUGGUGAUGAGGGUCUGCCUGGCCCCAUGGAGGCAGAAUCCUAUGACGAAGUCCUGGGUGAUCCUACUGGCCGCUUUCCCUUACCCACUGGGGACCUGCUCCCCUCCUCUUUCAGGACUGGAGGGUCUUUUCCCCCAAAGGCUCUCGGUGGAGGGGAUGGCCCAGAGCGAGAGGUGGCUGAAGGGGUAGCCUUGGGCAAACAGGACUCAUUCCGCUCCCGCCUUAACCCACUGAUCCAGAGGAGCUCCCGGCUCCGCUCCUCUCUCAUUUUCAGUUCAUCCCAAAAGGAUGGACCUGGAGUUGGUACUGGUGCUGGGGCCACAAAUGAGAAAGUACAGCUCUUCCAGAAGGAGCAGACAGUCAGUGAGACAGUGGGUGAGGGUGGUGAGACAGUCCGAACAGCCUCCUCCUCCAAGGUGGCAGAACUGCUAGAGAAAUACAAAGGCCCAGCCCGGGACCGGGACCGAGACCAGGAUAGGACAGGUGGUUUGGUCAAUGUUAGCAGCCACAGCAAAGCAGUAGUGACACAGGCAUGGCGGGAAGAGACUGGGACAGGCAGUGGGGGUAAAGGGGGAGAGCGACGUAGCCUUGAAAGCUGUCUGUUAGAUCUACGUGACUCCUUUGCCAAUCGGCUGCAUGAAGAGUCUGAGAGACAGCCAGGUGCAGCCACUCUGAGUGCUGCCCAGCUCCUUGACACCCUGGGUCGGGGUACUGACAGACUGCCCUCUCGAUUUCUUGCCUCAGAUGGUAGGGCUGCCCUGCCUCAGGGCAGGGCAAGCCCUCCACCUGAGAGGAAAGGGAGCCCCACACCAGCCUAUCCAGAGAGGAAGGGAAGCCCUGGAAGCCCCACCUCAGCCUAUCCUGAAAGGAAAGGAAGUCCUGUGCCACCUAUCCCUGAGAGGAAGGGGAGCCCCACCUCAGCCUAUCCUGAGAGGAAGGGAAGCCCCACCUCAGCCUAUCCUGAAAGGAAAGGAAGUCCUGUGCCACCUAUCCCUGAGAGGAAGGGGAGCCCCACCUCCGCCUAUCCUGACCAACGGAACAGUCCCUUUCCUCCAGGAUCUGACUGGAGGGGUAACCCUAUACCCCCAGUCCCUGAGCGGAAGAGUAGCCUUACAUUCUCUGGGGACACCCAGAAGAUAGGGUCUGCAGGGGAGGAGGAUGCUGGCCGAUCAGAACCUAGUCCCAUGGAGUUCCUCCGUAAAGGCUCACUUCGUCUGAAACAGUUGCUGAGUCCCAAGGCGGAGAAAAGGCUAGAGGAAGAGGGUGGCUUCUCAGGACCCCAUGAGAAUGGGCAGCCUGAGAGCCCCAACCGACCAUCACGGGGAGAUAGCCCAGAGCUUGGGGCAGAGGAACGGAGCUCUAGGUCCCGCUUGGCCUCUGCCACAGCCAAUGCCCUCUACAGCAGUAACCUUCGAGAUGACACCAAGGUGAUACUAGAACAGAUCAGUGCUCACAGCCAAAAACAUCGUGGAGGGGCUGGAUCAGGGGGUGGGACAGGAACAGGGGGUGCAGCCCAUAGUAGUCCUGAGCUAUACCGUUCCCCUGUUGCUGCCCUGGAUGCCAGCCGGGCCCAUGAGAUGUCUGACAAGGACAAAUGCUCAGCCAUCUUCCGCUCAGACAGCUUUGGGGGCCAGAGUCGCUUCAGCCGAACACUACCAGCUAGCUUGGAAGAGCGAGACACCUUGCUACGAAAGAUGGAGAGUAUGCGGAAGGAAAAGCGUGUCUAUAGUCGCUUUGAAGUUUUCUGUAAAAAGGAGGAUGCUGGGGCAGGUGAAGCUGGGGCAAGUGAGACUGGGGCAAGUGAGGCAGAUACUAGGGACCGCAAGGUGGGCAAGUUCAUGCCCAAGAUCUUGGGCACCUUCAAAACCAAGAAAUGAUCCAGUUCCAUCCACCCUGGCAAUCCAUCCUGCCCACUGUUGCCAUCACUGACUCACAUUACCACUAACACACUUAAUUCCAUUGUGGGCCUAGUGACCAAGCCAGGUGCCAAAUCUGGGAUGGGAGAAGGUAGGGACUAGGUACACAUAUCCUGAAGAGCAGGCUGUCCCCUUGGUCUUAAGGGGGAACAUUGCCUUAUGGUGCUCACAAGUCUAGGGCACUUGGGCAGACCUGGUUCCUAAAAUGUUGUGCUACUGCCUUGCCCACCUUUGGAAUGUGGGCUUCAUCUUUUUGGGGGACUGUUCCCAUCUGCCCAUCUGUUCAUCUUCUAUAUCAUUCUUUAUUCCAAAGACCUUCUUUUGGAAGGUGUAUGCUCCCCACACUGGUCUGCUUAACUAUCUGCCUCUCUUUCUUUCCUGUCUUAGUGCAUCUCUUAGUCCAAGGAAUUUGGAAUUAACAAAUCCUCAUUUGAACAGAGCUUUACAGUUUACGGAAAGUAUUCACACACUAUCUCACUGGACCCUCAUAAUGACCUUUGGAGGAUGGCAGGAACUUUAUGGAUGAGGAAAGGAGCUGGGAGAAGUGACUUGUUGCAGAUUAUAUAGCUAGAAAAUUGUGGAACUGGAACAACAGACCAGGUUUCCUGUUUUUGUCUAGUACUCUUCCACUGUACCAAGUUGCUUCUCCAACAGAUGAGUGGGAAAUCUUUGCUUUGGGAGUGUGAGAGUGUGUGUGUGUAUGUAUGUAUGUAU